GAAAGAAACAUAUGUGGGCUAAGCCCAAGUUUCUUUAAUAUUUCCCCAUUUUUCCAUCUGCCUAAUCUUCCAGCGACGCCCGGAAGCCACACCACCUGUUUGAUCAACUGUCUAGCUGAAAUUGCCCAAACGUUUUGGCUUUCAAGUACUCAAUUUAUAGUCACAACUCAUGAUGAGGCUGUACGAUGGCGUCAAAGAAAUUCUAAAGAUUCAGAAGUUCAGGCGAAUUGUUUCAUAUGCUGGAUUCUACUGCUUCACAGCAGUCUUGAGCUACGCUUACACAAGCAAUACAACCAGAGCUGGGUUUUCCAGAGGCGACCAAUUCUAUGCGUCUUACCCAGCUGGAACCGAGCUCUUGACGGACACAGCAAAGUUGUAUAAAGCUGCUCUUGGUAAUUGUUUCGAAAACGAAGAGUGGGGUCCCAUUGAGUAUUGCAUCAUGGCCAAACACUUUGAACGACAGGGUAAAACACCCUAUGCGUACCAUGCCCAAUACAUGGCACACCUUCUAUCUCAUGGACAGCUUGAUGGAAGUGGAUAGAAGAUAUUUCCUGUUGGUUGCCAUUAUGAGUUGAAAAUCUCAUACCAUAUCUCUUGAAACUUAAAGUUGCCCUUGGUGAUAUUUGAAGUAAAUAUGAUGCCAACCAUUGAAAUGCGAGGAUUUACUAGCAGAUGAAUGCGCAAUGCCUGAACUUUGAUCAACUUUGUUGUUAUAUUACUUGGUUUUAAUCAUGGGGCACCAAAAACUCUAUAGAUUUCUGUUAUUCUUUCCUACUGUUUGUUGAAUGAGAGUGCAUUAAUGAAUAAUGGCUAUUUGUACUCUCCAAA